AAGGCAACUUAAAAUAGAAUCAUGAAAAGCAAUAGCUAUGAACUAACUUCCAGUUACUUUCACCAUAUGUGCGCGUGUCCCUAUGAGAGCAGGAAGCAGAGGCUAUUGCGUAGUUCAGUGGAAUUAAGAGAAUAUAUGCAACAGUAAUGAAUUUUAGGAGGCAAACUAACACCUGAUAGCAGCACUCCAUCUACGCAUUAUUUCAGAAAGUAGUGGAUUUUCCUUCACCUCCACAUUCAAGCACUAAAUUGAAAUUGCUACGUUAAUGGUCACGGCAAAAAUACUAUUAAGCUGCGCUGUCAGAAAGAGUGGGAUUUACCUCCCCAAAAGAUAAUGGAAGUGAAAGUUGAUCGGAGCUGGGCGUGGAUGGUUUUGGUUGCUGUGUUUGGUAUUCACUUCAUUAGUGGCAGCCUUCAAUAUUCGUCAGGAAUAAUCCGAAUAGCUUUGUUACAAAAUACUUUUUCUGAAGACAAAGAACUCAUAACCUGGAUAACUUCGUUAUAUGCCAGUUUAUUUUCUAUAACAGGGGUACUUGCAAGUAUAUUGCUCAAUAAAAUAGGAUGCCGAAAAACUGUCAUCAUUGGUUCCAUUCUACAAGCUAUUGGUUUCAUCGGGUCAUAUAUUGUAACGGACACCAAGCUAUUGUUUUUGACUCUUAGUGUUAUUGCCGGUACUGGAUGCGGUAUAUGUUAUACGACUGCCAUGGUUGCUAUCAGUUACCAUUUUGAUCGCUAUUUGGGACUAGCAUCUGGGAUUGCUGUCAGCGCACAAGGAAUUGGAACAAUUAUGAUAAAUGCAAUAGAGAGUACUGUGAAUUUCUAUGGGUUGCGUAACUUUUUCCUUCUCGUAGCUGGGUAUGUCCUUCAAAAUUGUGUUUUCGGUGCUCUUUUACGGACGUCUGAGCACGAACGAAAUUAUAAUAAAGAAGUAAAAAAUAACAAAACAGUCAAUAGCAAAGUAACCUUCGCUUACGAACAGGAUGUAUUUGACAACGAAUUAAAAUCAAAGCCUGAGAAUUUAACAAUCCACUCCAGUGAUCUCCAAAACACUUCAAACAAACUGCACCAACAUGAAACCCAAUAUGAUUGCAAAGAAAUCAACUUACAAAUUAAGGAUUCUAAACCAGAAAGCGUGGAUGAAAAUAGCACUGAUAAAACUGAUAGAAAAUUAGACCAACUCUCAGAAAAGCCAAACGAAGAAAAAUCUACUGUCAAAAUUGAAACGAAAGUCAAUUUGGACUCGCGGCACAUACAGUCUUCAGGUGCCCAAGAAAUGGAUGUAACUGGACAACCAAGCAACAAGUUUACUACAGAAAAUCGUUUGCAGGAAACAACACAGGUUAGCAACUGCAACGAAAAGGAGACCUGUUUCGAAGAGUACUUGAAACUUGUAAAGGAUUUCAGGUUUAUGUUAUUCGUUCUAUACGUGGGAUUGUUUGCUUCCGCCGAGAGUAUCAUUUAUAUCCUGCUUCCAUCUUACUUCAUUGAAAAGGGAACGACAAAAGAUCAAGUUGCGCAAUUGUUCACCUUCGUUGGUAUCGCUUCUACACUGACUCGUUUUCUAACCGGUGUAAUUCUAAACAAAAACCUUUUAUCACUCACUGUCCUAUUUUCAGUGCCGUCAUUUUUGCUAGCAGUCUGUAGUUUUGUCGUGCCUUUUUUCAUCCAUAUAUAUUGGGUCCAGCUAAUAUACGGUCUUCUGUAUGGUGUACUAAAUUUCACUGUUUAUGCACUCAUUAAUAAGGCAUGUAUUAAACUUGUCGGUCUAAAAGGAACUUCUUCAGCUAUGGGCAUCAUAAUGUUCCUAUGGGGUACAGCUGCAUUGAUUGGAUCACCUCUCACAGAGAAAGUAGUCUUGUGGACUGGGUCCAGUGAUUCCAGUACUGCAGUUAUUGGUACAUUCUACUUGCUGGCCUCAAUUGUGGUUAUUCCGGCGACAUACAGAUCCUGAUUCUCCAUUAUCUCCAAAGAAACAUACAUACCUGUGACAUACCUGUGAUUUGCUCAAAAUAAAACGUAAAAAGAAAUAUUCUAUAACAGUGAUUCAUCUCAUUAAAUUACAAUUUGAUUAUUCAUAUUUAACAAAGUCUCAAUUUAUGUCAUAAAUUAGUUUUCUUUGUCACUAUCAUUAAGCGGUGAGCCAUCAGAAUGAUUACAACGCCGGACAAAAUGUUUAUCGGCAUUUCUUCCGGCUCUUUACGUUCUGGGUUCAAACACUGCCGAGGUUGACUUUACCUUCCAUCCUUUCAGGUUUCAUGAAAUAAAAAACGGUUACACAUUGGAAUUCAUGUUAUCAACUUAACCCAUUCCCCCUAACAACUGCUGGCCUUGUACCAAAACUUGAAGCCAUAAUUAUCAUUAUUACGGUGGCGAGCUGGCAGAAUCGUUAGCACGCCGGGCAAAAUGCUUAGUGGCAUUUCGCCCAUCCCUACAUUCUGAAUUCAAAUUCCGCUGUGGUCGACUUUACCUUUCACUGUUUUGUGAAACACUGGGUUUGAUUUAAUCGUCUAGACCCCUUCUGCACAAAUUUCAGGCCUUGUGCCUUUAGUAAAAAGAAUUAUCAUUGUUAUUGUUGAGAGCGAAAAAAAAAUAAAGUCUUUUAUUUUACAUGUUUG